AUGCCCACCACUGCUCGAGCUCUUCUCUUCGUGUACGCAGAAUGUGGAAAAUCUGUUACAGAAGAGCAGUUCAAUGACUGGUAUGAUAACGAACAUGCACCUCUUCGCAUUACAGUACCCGGUUUUCUCACUGCUGCUCGGUAUAAAGCUCUGGACACGCCACCGAAAACAUUUCCUAAAUGGCUUGCACUGUAUGAUCUGACCUCGCAAGAGGUUAUGCAAAGCCAUGAGUACAAGGAUCUUCGUUUGAAGGCAUCGGACAAUGAAAGGCGGGUAAUUGGAAAUCUGGAGACGCUGAAUCGGCGGGUAUAUGAACUAGUGAAUUCCUCUGACAUUUCCGAGGUUUCGGAGACGUUGAAAGUUAGUACGGCCAAUGUCAAUGUCAGCGAAUCCGAUAAGGCUGCGAAGUUCCUUUAUGUCGUCCAUAUGCAAGUGGUGAAGAACGGGCAGGACGAAUCCAGGUAUAAAACUCAAGAGGACCACCUUGUCCAAUGGUACACUUCCACACGUAUUCCCCAGCUAGCCCUUGCACCAGGGUAUAUACGAUCGCGCAUUUUUCGCCUUACAGAGCAUGCAGAGCUUGCUGGAAGGGCCGCGAAAAAAGUUCAGUUACAGUCCCCUCCCACCUUACUUGCUAUCCACGAAUGGCGUGUGGAUGGAGCGGAAGUCAUUAAUUCUGCGGAAUUCAAGAUGUGUAUGACGGAUACAGAACCGUGGAAAAUGGAGGGAGAAGAGGCUGUAGCAGUGAUGGAGGAUCGGAUGUUCGAAUUGUAUAAGGUGUUUGGAUGA